UAUUAUUACCUACUAUUAUUAUACUCAGCAACCAUCAGCACCACAGCGAGCGCACAAGAAGACAACGGUGCUCUUGAUUGUUUCCCGUUGAAAGGUUCAACUACUUGCCCAGCUUUUCAAACAUUUUACAUUAGUGUGGAGGGCAACCAGAAAAGAUACCCAUUUCUCGCCAAUGUCACUGACAUUGCCUCCUUUGAUGAAGCAUUGACCCAAUAUGUUCAAUCAUCAGACUUUUAUUUAUCUGCUCUUGGAUGCAAUUAUAAAGCCAACCCUACCACCAAUAUACCCUAUGCUCGAUAUUCCUUCACCUAUAUGUGUGCUACAUUAAUACAAGAUACAACUACCUCUUUACCGUGUAAUUAUCAAUAUAAUCUAUCACCACCGGCCUUAUGUCAGAGAACGUGUUUUGAUUAUGUCGCCAGUGUCAACCAGUUAACCGACAAUAAUAUUGAUAUGUGUCCAAAUCAAUUUGAACAGUCUGAACAAGUGCUCAAUUUGAAUACCACUUGUCAAUAUUGGAGCGGACUCAAUGGUACACACAAUUGUAUCGUAGGCUUAGCCAACGAGCCCAAUUAUUGUGGA